UGCAGAGCGAGAGAAUCUCCGAAAAAUUGGGAAAUUCUAAAUAUAUAACAUGUUCUCGGAGCAGCGAGCGUGUAAUAUACGGAUUACGGACCUGGCCAGGCCCAGUCUCCUCGUGCUCGUGCUGCACUCUGCUAUCCGUUAUCCGUUGCUCGCGUGUUAGACGUAGUUCAAUCAACCAGAAGCCUCAAUUGAAUUUGAAAAUCAGACUGCGAACCAUUAUCACCCGUGAAGGCAGGACACAAGAAAGGCUGUGAUCAUGGACCCGGAAGCAUUUUUGGACGUGGCCAACCAGGUCAUUAAGCUGAAAAUGUUUCCAUUCUUUGACAUUGCGCACAGUCUGCUAGCCGCAUUGGCCGUGCGCGAGGAUUUGGGUGCCAAUGCGCAGGCAUUUUCGCGGAAACAUCCGCUUGCCUGCUGGCUCUCCACCAUGCUGGUGAUCUUUGCCGGCGGCAUGGUGGCCAACGGCUUGCUGGGCGAGCCGAUAUUGGCUCCGCUAAAGAACACCGGCCAGCUACUUGUUGGCACUGCCGUGUGGUACGUGGUGUUCUACACGCCGUUCGAUAUUGGUUACAAGGUGGCCAAGUUCCUGCCCGUCAAGAUCGUAGCGAGUGCCAUGAAGGAGAUAUAUAGGGCAAAAAAGGUCUACGACGGUGUGGGACAUGCGGCCAAGCUGUAUCCCAAUGCCUGGAUAAUCAUGAUCAUCAUAGGCACCCUCAAGGGCAACGGAGCGGGCUUCACCAAGCUAAUCGAGCGUCUAAUUCGAGGAGCCUGGACCCCUACGGCCAUGGAGUUUAUGCAGCCAAGCUUUUACACCAAGGCAUCGUUGCUGGCAUCUAUUAUCUUUGUGCUGGACAAGAAGACCGACUGGAUCUCAGCACCGCAUGCAUUGGUUUACUUUGGCAUCGUCAUAUUCCUGGUCUACUUUAAGCUGUCAUCGAUUCUGCUGGGCAUCCAUGAUCCCUUCCUGCCGCUAGAGAAUCUAUGCUGUGCCAUUUUCUUUGGCGGCAUCUGGGAUAGCCUGGCUAAGAUUCUGGGCCGUGGACAGGCCAAGGAUGGGGAUAGCAAGGAUGUGAAGAAGAAUAACUAACAAGCAAAGCAAACAAAACAAAUGCAAAAACAAACAACUAUUUGUAGUUAGCCAAAAAAGUACUUAAUGCUGCCAACCAAAGCAUAACGCACACACAUAUAUUCAUAUAUAUAUACUAUACUAUAUACUAUAUAUGUAUAGCAUAGAUUAGCCAUCAUAGGCGUGCUCCUUGCCUUGGCUCUUCCCCCUUUGCAAGCGGUUUCAAGCGCUUCCUAAACUAAACUGAAAGCCAACGCAUUGAGAAAACAAACGUCAACCGAAAGAUCUUCCCGUGCCAAAGACAUUUUUUAUUUUUUAUGUAAACUCUGUGUGGAAAUUGGUCUUGAGAGGCAGCUCUUGUGGGUGGGUGUGCCCUUUAGCUGCUGCUGCUCGACUCUGAUUUCACGACAAGUGUUUUUUGUUUUAAAUUGGUAGUAUAAAUACGAGAUCAUAACUAAAAUCCGACAGGAAAACGAACGAAAUGUGUAAAUAUAUAUAUGGGAGGGUGUGCAGAUCACGCGCGAGGAGGUUUCUUCCUUUUUAUUUCAUUUAUUUGUAAUAUUUUUUAAAAUAAAUUUUAAGAGUUUUUAUCUAAAAACUCGAUAAUAGAACAAAUUGGCCAAAAUGUAGACUUGUGAACACGCAUUCAAGCUGAAUUAAGGAGCUUUUUUGCAAGAGAAAAGCAGAAGUUGCAAUAAAAUUAUGUAAACUAUA